AAUCACACCUCAAAACAAGGAAGUUAAAAAUGUGACGAAUUUUAUCUGAAAACUCAAGACAAGAUUUCGUUAAUUCUAACUAUGGACUGCAAAAUAUAUAUUGCUUUCUUUGCUCUGAUUCUAGGCUUGUCCACAGUGUCUGGUUCCUGUUACUAUAACUCGUAUACUACAUCCUACUACUGUUUCUACGACUACUAUGAUUACUACUUCGAUUAUUACCACUACUACUACUCCAGAAAGCUGAGGAGUACCAUUGGGAUCAUAUUUGGCGCCCUCGCUGGAUUGGCUACGCUGAUUGGACUUAUCGUCUGUUUGUGUGUGUGCGUGUGCAGAAAAACCACACCCAGUCAGCGCGCAGUUAUCUACUAUAACCCAAAUGUAGGAACAACUGUGAUGCAAGCUAACCAGACAGCGAUGCAACCUCAUAAUCAGCAAAUGCUGUACCCAGCUAAUCCCGGUCAGAUGCAGACAACUGGACAUGGUCAAGCCUUUUCUUCUGCUUCUUCAUGCCAAAACAGUCCGUCACAACAAUCUACUGAAAAUCAAAACUAGUCUUCGAAAUAACAAUUGUCUUUUUGUGCUCCUACAUUGACACUCCUCCUCUUUUUUGUUUUUAUCAGCUUUCACUUAUUUUUCUUUGCUCGAUAAUUUUGGUUUGUUAGUUUUUUGUAAUGACUUAAUUUUAUAUGCACUUUUGUAAAUAAAGCUUAUAUGAAUAUUUUUUUUUACCAAUAUGCCAUAUACCAAUGCAAUGGAUAUGUUUCUUGAUUUCAUAUAAAUCUUACUUUACGUUUUUGUAUUGAAUUGUUUUUGAAGACUGAACAUAAAAUACCUUAAAAUUCAAAGUAGAUUUUAUGCAAACAAGAAAUGUUAAUUACAAUCAAAUUCGCUUUAUAAAAAAGAUACGCCACGGAUAAUUGAAAACGGCAAAUCAAUCUAUGGUAAUCAAUAUGUUUUUCGGAUGCACUUUGGGUUAUGUAUAUCCUACCGAACAAUUUCACACUAAGGACUCUUUUCACAUGUAUCAACAAAUACACAUUGUGUGAUAACAAUCAACAACAAUUUAAAUUUAGAAAAUGCUUAUGUAUUUUUAUGUUAUGGUCCAUUUUAUCCAAACUGCACUAACAGUUCUAGAAGAAUUUUAUUCUAUAGUAUAAUUAUAAAAAAAAUACGAAACCUUAUAUAGUGAACAAGUUUUUUUGGCGACUUUGAAAGAGAGAAAAAGAAAAAAAUCUUAAAAAGAAAAUAACAGAAUAAAGGGGUCAAGGUAUCUUAGAUUAGCUUUGUGGCCCAUGGAUCUCUUCUAAUACUAAAAACAUUAAAAAAAAAUCAACAGUAAGCUUAAUGAAUAACAGUAUAGACCCGGAAAAUAUUAUUAUGUACAACUGAUUGAUUUCCUAGUCCAAACUAAACGAAAGAGGGUUGAUUUACUGUGCUAAUGGGACAAAGAUUUGCUUUUUUGUUUUAAAACUUUAUUAUAAUACUUUGAACUUUAAGUAUUGCAUACAUGAUUUUGUAAAUUGCUUUGAGUUUAUUUAUUUUGUACUUUGAUUUUAUUCACGAUGUAGAACCUUAUACAUAUAUGUUGUAUUUUAUAUUCUCUUUUGUCAACUUCUAUAAUUUCUGUUUUUUAUUUUCUAUGACGAAGUCUUUAAUUUGUUUGCCACGCAAAAUGCAAGGACAAUGCUUCUUCAAAAUCUUCCCAUACUAAUUCCAGUUCUAUAUGAUGAAUGAUUUCUGAAACAUUAUUAAAGAAAUAAUUAAU